GGGUUCUGUUUCGUCUGUGGAACUAAGUUUUGACAAUGUAGAGAUAAAAAAAAAAAAAAAAAAAAAAAAAAACGAGAAGUGCUUUCUGAGCAGGAGAAACGAAUAUAUGUUUGGUUUUGCGUUAGCUAGCCACGGAGCUAACCAACACAACAAAGGUCCAGUAACAGACAAGCGAUUAUUUUGCACACUUUGGGCCAUUUUCCGUGUUUGGGAUGGUGCUUUCGACCGAAAGACUUUUUACUGUGACGGUUAAAGGGCCGAAGAGCGAGCGUGGUGGACCCGUGUGCUGGCGGACUCUGUUUGGGAGUGGUGCAUUCGAAGUGGACGUUUGUUUUUGUUCUGUGCCCAGCUGACCCAGACGCACUGUUGUAUUUGUUCCAGAAUUUUCGACCCAGUUAACCUGAAUCAAGAGUCAACUGGGUUUGUUUGGGCUGACUCCUAGCCUAGGUGGGCUCAAUUUCGAGACAUUUAGCUUGGUAGCGUGUUAGCUUUGAGCUAGCGCGACACCCCUAAUAGUGUGAAAUCUGCAUACACCGUAAACAGUGGAAAAAAGUUCGGGAUCAUGGACCAUCUGUGCAUCAGAUCUACUGAGUGAUCUACUUCUGGCUAAGGGGUUCGUGGACAUGCGAUCUGUGAGGCAGGUUUGACUGAUCCAGGUACAAUCAGUAACUUUAAAAUAAGGAUUGUUUUGGAAACGCAGGAAACUCAGAACACGAAGCAUUUCAUGGUGAUCGUUCAGCAUGAUGAUCCUGAGCAGAAAACCAGAUGGUCCAGUCACUGCAGCUCGACAUGGGGACGGUCUGUACGACUCUUACAUGCGCACAGACCACAUCGUGAACGAGGAAGUUAACCCAAAUGAGCACAGCCCCCCCGGACUGCCCCCACUGCUUAAACCCACGGGUGUGAACAAGGCAACGAUGAGGGAUCACUUCGGGGUUCGAGGAGGACAAAUGAAAGUAAAGUACUUGUACGAGGACUCGUAUACUCGUAAGACCAAUGGAGUGAGCCACCACAAUAGCAUUAGCCAACCUCCUGCCAAGCCCCAAUCUGUUCUCUCCAAAGAUCGGAGCGUUGAGAGCAACAGUUCAGCCAGGUCGACUGAAAGCUCCCUAAAGCCAACAAAGCCUGGGGAGCACCUCACCCCCGAGCAGGCACUGAAGCAGUACAGACAACAACUGACAUCGUUAGAACAACAAGAGAUUCUCGGUUAUUCUGAAAUCUACUUCGUGGGACCAAAUUCCAAGAAAAGACAAGCAGUUCCUGGAGGAUCUAACAACUCUGGUUAUGAUGAUGACCAGAGUGGGUACGUCCACGUGCCUCACGACCACAUCGGCUAUCGCUACGAGUUCCUAAAAGUCAUCGGUAAGGGGAGUUUCGGCCAGGUGGCAAAAGUCUACGACCAUAAGCUGCACCAGCAUCUCGCUCUAAAAAUGGUGCGCAACGAGAAACGCUUCCACCGGCAAGCAGCGGAGGAGAUCCGGAUCCUCGAGCACCUGAAGAAACAGGACAAAACGGGUAGCCUGAACGUCGUCCAUAUGCUCGAGAACUUCACCUUCCGCAAUCACAUCUGCAUGACGUUCGAGCUGCUGAACAUAAAUCUCUACGAGCUCAUCAAGCGCAAUAAGUUUCAGGGCUUCAGCCUGCCCUUGGUGCGCAAGUUCGCCCAUUCUAUCCUGCAAUGUCUGGAGGCUCUGCAUCGCCAGAAGAUCAUCCACUGUGACCUGAAACCGGAGAACAUUUUACUCAAACAGCAGGGGCGGAGCGGCAUCAAGGUCAUCGACUUCGGCUCCAGCUGCUUCGACCACCAGCGCAUUUACACCUACAUUCAAUCCCGAUUCUACCGGGCUCCCGAGGUCAUCCUAGGAUCACGCUACGGCAUGCCCAUAGACAUGUGGAGCUUUGGCUGCAUUUUGGCCGAGCUCUUAACGGGCUACCCGCUAUUUCCAGGUGAGGAUGAGGGUGACCAGUUGGCCUGUAUGAUGGAGCUACUGGGCAUGCCUCCUCAAAAGCUUCUGGACCAGGCCAAGCGUGCCAAGAACUUCAUUAACUCCAAAGGCCACCCUCGUUACUGCACAGUGUCCACGCUCAGCAACGGCACCCUGGUGCUGAACGGGAGUCGGUCCCGGCGAGGCAAGAUGCGAGGUCCUCCGGCAAGCAAGGAGUGGGUGACCGCUCUGAAGGGCUGCGAUGACCCGACGUUCAUUGACUUUCUGAAGAAAUGUUUGGACUGGGAACCCAGCACGCGCAUGACGCCGGUCAUGGCAUUGAGACACCCCUGGCUCUACAAGCGCCUGCCCAAGCCUGUACCGGGAGUGGAGAAGGUCGUGGUGGCCAAGCGGACUAACGAGCACGCUACCUCCUUUCCGAGCAUCAUCUCGAAGGUUCCGCCGGUAAUGAACCCCACGAAUAACAAACUGAGGUCCAGUAUGAUCGGGGAUUCUAACGGAAGUAUACCGCUGCGCACUGUGCUACCCAAGCUCGUUUCAUGAGUCGAUUCUUUAACUACUCAGGGAUUAAGACGACAUCGUAGCAACGUUUUUAAAAGUGGAUUUGCGCUUCUAAAAAAAUGGGUGACAAUACUCGGUGUUUUGAUGACACUGCAGGAUGUAUAAAAAAAUGAUGGUAGUUUGAGAAUACUGUGGUUUCUUUAUACUGCCUUUUAAUAAUUUAGCUUUUUACAUUGGUUUUUACAGUUUAUCUUAUUGGAACGGAUUU